AUGCAUAUCCAUUUCCCAUCCCAUGAUACUCAUCCAUGGGUUCAGGUCAGCUAUCCUUGUUCGUCAGUUCUUCUUGUCGGACCUGACCUUGUCCUUGACCUUGUCUAUGGGGCUGUGGCGUUAGCUGAGCGGGACGAUCCAAUGCUCUGCAACCCUGUAUGGCUACAGUUGUCUCAGAUGUCCAGUCCGCGCGGGUCCAUUGCUGUGACCCUUCUCACUCAGACACUAAAAGACUAA